AUGGCUAUAUGGCCGGUAUAUAAUUGGCAACUAUCUGACGAGAAGGCUUUAAAAAAGGAGAAGGGUUUGUUUUUCUUAAAAAUAAAUAAUAUUAAUAUUUUAUAUUUAAUUUUUCCUGAAAAUAUAUCCAAGUUGGAUUAUUAUAAUAAGCUUGAAUCACUAAGAAGACAAGAGAAACCUUAUGUUAGUGGAGGUGACUUUAAUGCAAAAUCCAAAAUUGUCACUGCUAAAAGCCUUAAAGUGAUCUCGAGCAAAAUUAUACACGCGCUGGCCGACGACGAGGGUCUGAACGACGACGCAGUGGAAAAUUACAUACUGGGGGCUACAUAUGAGGUUGUUCAAGACUUAUUAAAACAUAUUUUGAAUUCCAUUCAUCUUGAUGCUUCGACGAGAUUCAGUUGCUUGCAAGUUUUGCUUAGGGAAGAUGUUAAAAAGUUAGAUACCGGCAUAUUUCCGAACUCUUAUUAUGAUAAAAUAUUGCAAACUAUUUGCGCGAAGGGCAAGAGGCUGCAGCAUCUUAAUUUAAGGGAGUUUGGGACAGGCCAUAUUGAUUCUGCAAAUAAAGAGCGCACAAUUAAAACAAAGCUAACGUAUUUGCACGACACAGGCACGAAUUUGGAUGUAAUAGGGGCAAUAUUAAAUUUAUGUCCAAAUUUGGAGAGCAUUCACGUCGCCAACCCUGAACCGGGAGUAAUCGAGAAACUCGUUUGCAUUAAGAAGCUGAACUGUUUAAAAUUAACGAGACCCAUUGCAGCCGAGUUGAUGUAUUUGCUACGAAUGUCGGGCCCGCAACUGCAGGUGCUUAAAUUAAACCACAACAAAAACUGUUCCCUUGACCUUUCCGAGAUUUGUGUGAACGCUCCUAACCUACAGACGCUGGAAUGCUUCCAAAUAAAACUGACUUUCUCGCAGCUGGACACGUUCUUUAUGUGCCUGUCCAAUGUAGAAAUUCUCUACUGCGAAGUGUCCGAUUUCGUGAUCAAACUUUUCCUAUCGAACAGCCCCUUCUUGAAACGGAUCGUGGUCGGGUGCGUAAUCAACAUGACGGACGGCGAUUUGUUUAGACUUUGCGCGGGAAUGCGAUUUUAUUAA